UGACGUUGACUGUCUAAGGGAAGAUCAUCCUAUUUCUGCUAACGAACCGCUGCUAGAUGUACCCCCAUCACCACCACCCCUCCAGUGAAAUAACUAUCACAUCAUUGACAGUGUGAAUAUCACACCCAUUACAAUAACUUCAGACGUGCAGCAGCGGCUUCGCUCCACGAAGAGCGACGUAUAACGGGAGCCAGCGAGCUAACUCUGAUGUUGGGCGGACUUCCUCCGAGCUCGGAUAUUUCUACGACGAGCUGGCGGCUCUUCAUCCCAUCCUACUGAACACCUUGCUCAGGGGCUUCACUCAGUCAGUCAUUGUAGCUCUGUCAGUCUGCACGGCGACUGUGUCAGACCAGCCUGACAGCUUUCAUCAGAGGCCACGAGCAGCCAAAGCCAAUGGUAAGCACGGCUCGGGGACCUUAGAGCCGCAUAUUCUGGAGAGUCGGUGCGCUGCCUUCCAGUAUCGAGCCAGCAAGUAUUUAGAAGGAGGUGAAGGUCCUCGACUCGGAUCCUCAAAGCUAGCAAUGCCUGGCCCCACACCGACCCUCAGCAAAGCUCGGGUUUACACCGACGUUAAUACACAGAAGAACAGAGAGUACUGGGACUAUGAUGCUCAUGUGCCAAACUGGAGUAAUCAAGACAACUAUCAGCUGGUGCGUAAACUGGGCAGAGGGAAGUACAGUGAAGUGUUUGAGGCCAUAAAUGUGACCAAUAACGAGAAAGUGGUGGUGAAAAUCCUCAAGCCUGUCAAGAAGAAGAAGAUCAAACGGGAAAUCAAAAUUCUUGAAAACUUGCGGGGAGGAACCAACAUCAUCCGCCUGGUGGACACGGUCAAAGACCCGGUGUCCAGAACACCAGCGCUAGUCUUUGAGUACAUCAAUAACACAGAUUUUAAGGAGCUUUACCAGAAGCUGACAGACUACGAUAUCCGUUACUACAUGUAUGAGCUUCUAAAGGCUCUGGACUUCUGUCACAGUAUGGGGAUCAUGCACAGGGACGUGAAGCCGCACAAUGUGAUGAUUGACCACCAGCUGAGGAAGCUGCGUCUUAUAGAUUGGGGUUUGGCUGAAUUUUACCAUCCCGCUCAGGAAUAUAACGUCAGGGUGGCCUCGCGCUAUUUCAAAGGCCCCGAGCUGCUAGUGGACUAUCAGAUGUAUGAUUACAGUUUGGACAUGUGGAGUCUCGGCUGCAUGCUGGCCAGUAUGAUUUUCCUGAAGGAACCGUUUUUUCAUGGCCAGGACAACUAUGACCAGCUGGUCCGCAUCGCUAAGGUUCUCGGCACCGAUGAGCUCUUUGGCUACCUGCACAAAUAUCACAUAGAACUGGACACUCGCUUCAAAGACAUGCUGGGACAGCAAACACGGAAACGCUGGGAGCAGUUUAUCCAAUCAGAGAACCAGCACCUGGUGAGUCCAGAGGCUCUGGACCUGCUGGACAAGCUGCUGCGCUACGACCACCAGCAGAGGCUGACGGCGGCCGAGGCCAUGCAGCACCCGUACUUCUAUCCUGUGGUGAAGGAACAAGCAAAUGCCAACACAGAUGGCUCCAAGGCAAUAAGCAGCUCCAAUGCAACAUGAUACCCAGAGAACAGGAAGAAUCUUUAUUACCUCAACUUGUGACCUUUUCGUGGCAGAAACCUCUGCCUCCACAUCAACAGCCAUACUGGAGCAAGAUGUCAAUUUUGCAGCACAAACACGCACGGAAUAAACUCCUCCCAACAAAACCCUGGGAAUCUGCGCUGCUUGGUCUGAGUCACAAAUAAAUCAGAUCCGGAAUCAGAUCUGACCCCUUCACCCUCCUCCUCCUCUUCCUACCUGCCAACAUCUCCACUUGUUUUUAAAAUGAGCAAAGUGACUUGUUGGAUGGGUAUCAAGCUGGUGUUAUUGCUGUGAAGACCUUUGUCGGUUAUCGCAGCGACGACUUCAGAUCCUGUUGCAGGUUUUAAGCACUGAGUGGCGUGGAGGCUCUUUUCUGCUAUGGAUAGAACAAAAGCUAUAUUAAAAGAGAAUAAACCAUUUUUAUUUAAA